AUGGAAAUCAAGAACACGACAAUAAUUUUUCUAUGUGUAGUUCUAGCAGCUUCACUCACAGGGAUCCAUAAUGUCUCGGCAGCUCGAGCGAUCGUUCUCAGUAGAUCAACACAUCUUGUUGGUCAAGACGGCCUAUGUCUUGACGUGAUCGGAGGGUAUAGCGAUAACCACGUUCCAACUCAACUAUGGCCAUGUGGACCUCAAAACAACCAACUAUGGACGAUACAAGCUGAUGGAACAGUUAGAACAAUGGGAAAAUGCUUAGUUCCAAAUGGCCACGACUCUGGAUCCUACACCAUGAUUGAUGACUGCAACAAGGCUGAUCCAAACGACAAAACAUGGAAAUUAUAUCCUGAUGGCACCCUAACUCACGUCCGGUCCGGCCUUGUAUUGACAAGUCAAGGAACAGGACCGUACGCCAUAACUACAAUAGAAACCAACACAUCAGCACCAACACAAAGCUGGGGGACUGCAGACGAUGGGUCGCCGAUUGUCGCUGCCAUUGUAGGGCUACGUCGCAUGUGCUUGCAAGCUCAGAAUGACAACAUCCACGUGUGGAUGAAUAGCUGUGUCAAAAACAAUCGACAACAAUAUUGGGCAGUGUUUAGUGAUGGCACGAUUCGAGCCAACUAUAAUACAAGCUUUUGUUUGAGUUCCACCGGGAAAGGUUCACAUGACGCCAUUGUUUUAGCUAAAUGUGAAGGGUUGCCUCAACAACGGUGGGUGGCUAAGGAAGACGGUACAAUCUUAAGCUUGAGUACUAAUUUGGUGAUGGAUGUGAAAGGGAGUGAUCCUAACCUUCGGAAAAUUAUUCUCUUUGCUCCUACUGGUAACCCUAAUCAGCACUGGAUGUUUGUUACUCAAUAUAAACCCUAA